CCACUACCACCACAACUACAACAACAACAACAACCAGUACAAGCACCAACAACAACAUCAACAACAACAACAAGAACCUCAUCGACGGCGUCAAUUGCGACGAUGGCUGCCAUAAAUACGGUACCAAAGAGCAUCCAUCUGCCAUUGACGACUCUCAGCAGCGCGCCGCGCGUGUUGAUGUGCAGCGCAUCCGUGGGCACCGAAGGAUCCGUCACUCUGCAACUGCGUGAUGCGAACGCGUUGGAGGCAGCAGCAACAAAGACAGCAACAGCAGCAGCAGCAGCGGCAGCCACAUCGACGACGUCACCAAAUGGCGCUGCAGGUGCGCCAGCGUCGACGCUAGAGAAUGCGCUGACCAUCGGCUAUCCGGAUCCGGAAAUGUUGGCAGAUGUCUUGGGCACCAUUCAGACAGCCUCACUCAAGAACAACAACUCAAUCACAGCAGCAACUUCAAGCAAUAGCUCGACCAAGUCGACGAGCAGCAAUCAUCUGACAAAUCCCAACAAGAUAACCAUAACCAGGCGGAGUGUGCACUCGGUCAGCACCUCGACGAACAGCAGUAGCAUUAGUAGUUGCAGCAGCAGCAGCAGCAGUAGCAACAGUGGCAAGAGCAAUACCAGCUACAUCAAGAACUGCUUGAUACGCAGCAGCAGCUGCAGCAACACGGUCACCAAUGUCACCACAUUGGCGCAGAUUAUGAGCAACAGCAGCACGAGCAGCGCGGCCAGUUUACUCAAUCAGCACAACAACAACAGCAACUGCAGCAACAGCAGCAACUUCAGUACCGCCUCCUCGGUGGGCAGCAGCAUCAGCGUUGGCAGCAACAGCAGCAGCAGCAACUGCAGCAACGGCAGCAACAGCAACAGCAACGACAGCAACAGCAGCAGCGGCGGCGGCCACCGAUUGAGUUUCAAGGGCACCGGACGGCAUGCUCCCGCGAGCGGAUUAGGUUCGUCGGCGGCAUCCACGAACACGAGCGGUACUGCCAGCGGCAUUGGCGGCAUCAUAAGCGUCGAGGCGCCCCGCAAGAAUCGACCCAAAUUAUCAUCGCCAACGCGUCACGGACCGCAGCAGUGUCAGAUUUGUUGCAAGAUCUUUGGAAAUGCCUCGGCGCUGGCCAAGCACAAACUGACGCACAGCGACGAGCGGAAAUACAUCUGUGCGCUCUGCUCGAAGGCAUUCAAGCGGCAAGAUCACUUAAACGGACACAUGAUGACUCAUCGGAACAAGAAGCCUUACGAGUGUAAGGCGGAUGGCUGCGGCAAAUCCUAUUGCGAUGCGCGAUCAUUGAGGCGCCACUCGGAGAACCAUCAUGCUGGCGGAGCAGCCACACCCACCACCAGCCAAUCGCUUUCGCCCACCGCCAGUUCGAGUGGUACCAGCAAUAGUAGUGGUGCCGGCGUGGCCACCAGCUCAUUGAGCCUUUCCCCGGCCACGGCCAGCGGCGAUGCCAGCUCCCCGGACGGAGCCACCUGCAUUCGAACCUACAUUUCCACGGGCAGUUCGGUGGUGGAUGCCGCUACUGGGAUCGCUCUGUCGGAUGAACAGAUCAAGGCGAUGAAUCUGCCGAUCAAGACGGGCGUGACCUUGCUGUCGCCCACCACCUCGACCUCGUCGAAUGCCUCAUCCUCGGCCUCGUCUGCCAGCUCAUCGCUUUCCUCGACGGGCUCGUUACCGGGGUCGGGAUCGGGAUCAGGAUCAGUUUCCAUGGCCCCGUCACCGUCAAGUGGCUCGGUGAUAACCGCUAGUUCGCCCACCAUCACGCUCAGCGAUGGGAUGAGUCUCGAGGGCGAGGGUCUCACUCGGGAACAGUUGGAUCUCAUCAGCAAGAUAAUGCAGCAAACGAAGCAGACGAGUGCCCAGGUCACCGUCUCCUCGCCCACCAGUGUCAGUUCCUACAAGAUCAACACCAACUCGUCGCCAUCGCAGAACAGACCGCGCACCUGGAACAUGCAAUUGUUAAAUAGUGCCCAAAAUGUGACUGUCACAGUCGAGGACAACUCUGAGCUCGUUACUCCCUCCUCCAACUCACCCGUGGAGGUCAAGGAGGAGGAGCUGAGUCCACAGCUUGUGGGCACCAUGAAUCCCCACCUGCUCAAUAUCGUGAAGCUUGACAAGCCCGUUGAGUGCAAUCUCUGUCACCGUAAGUUCAAAAACAUACCCGCCCUCAAUGGGCACAUGCGCCUGCAUGGCGGCUACUACAAGAAGGACCCGGAAACCAAGCGCAGCGAGAAGAAGGACUCCAGUGGUCCACCCCUGCAGACGGCGAGCAUUGGAGUGCGCGCCCUAAUCGAGGAGAAGAUCAUCAGCAAGCGCAAGGACAUGACUAAGGGCUCCUUUGUGGUUCCGGCACCACCGCACAGCAGUGGCACCACCACCACCCUGCGUCGAUCGAUUAGCGACCUAGAGAGCUUCCUUAACCCGAAGACGAGCACCAGCAGUCACACCCAGACGAUGACCACCACUACGGGCACAACCACAGCGGUUCUCCCAGCGGCCACCACCAUCAAGAGCAGCAAUGGCCUCAGUAUCCAGCAGAUUGGCCUGCCGCAGAGCAUCGAGAUCUUCAGCGGCGGUCAGAAGCAGGCGAAGACGCUCAACCUGGGCAGUGGAACCAACACGAUCACGAUAACCACCAACAAUGUACCCACCACCACGACGAUGAGUGCGCUUACUGCGCUGAAAGCGGGUGGCACCAUCAGUGGAAUCUCUACCGCUACCAACACGGAUCCCAAGGAUUCCACACUUAUAGAGCUCUUGAAACGCGGCACUCGCAUUGCGGUCACUUCGAAAAAGAACCAAUCCCAUGGACAAACGGGAUCCAGUAUAAUGAUGACCUCCAGUGGCGCGACAACAAAUGCUGUUGGUGCUGUCACCGAGUUAACCACCAUUGGUGCCGGUGGAGGAGUGCAGACAGUGGGCAGACAGAUCAUCACCAACAACAACCGCACCGUGAUCAUACCCUCCGAUGUCCAGGUGGUAUCCACCAAGAGCAAGCUAAGCAGCUUGAGCAGCCUGGUCAAGAGCAAUAUGACCAGUAGUGGCACCUGCUCCUCGGGAAAUCUUUCGCUGGCCGAUGGCACGCCUCUUUCCCUGACAAUUGCUUCCAAUCAGGAGGUGACUGGAGGAGUAGGCAACUCCAGCGGAUCGGGAAGUGUUAUCACGAGCGGAGGAGGGGGAGUCUACACGGUUACCUACACCAGUGACGGCACCGAUCUAUUCGAUGAUGCCGAGGUCUACAACGUUUCGGACACCGAGAUGCUGCUGCAGACGGUGGACUCCAUGGAGCUGCUCAACGAUGAGGAGAUCAAGAGCGAACAUUCCGAGGACUUUGCCCUGCUAAGCGAGGCCGGCGACAGCGCGCACACCCAACUGGUGAAACUGGAGCCGGAAAGUGGACAGGCCAACUCCGGAUCGGGUAGCGUAUCCGGCGCAAACACUACGCCUUUGCCCACUUUCCAGCAAUUCCAUUCCAAGGAGCUGAUCAUGCAGAACAGUUCGCAGAUCCAGGCGAUAGCUAGCAUGCGCGGAAGUGGUGGUGGAGUCCUGGCCUCACCGCUCCACUCGCCACUGGCCUAUCCCACUCCCCCAUCGAGCCACGAGAAUAUGGCCCAGAGUUCGCCCUUCAUCGAGGAUGCAGCUGCCCAGUUUGUGGAUGCCAGUAACACCUUCUUUGGCGACAAGACGGACUUCUCGCACAUCUAUUUCAAAACGGAUGAGGGGGAGGCCACCAUUGAACAGCUAAAUGAGCACGACAACGAGAAGAUCCUGAAACUGAAAUCAGUGCUGGAGGAGAGCAGCUUCGAUCCCUCGAUCAAAGUGGAGGACCUGUUGAAUGGCACCGAUGAUGACACGGAGUGCGAUUUGAGGGAGUUUGCGGAGACUAACCUCUCGUUUUUGGACGAGGAUCAAGAGUUCCUCAAUGACUCCAGGAAUGCCACCUCUCCGCUCUCGGAAUCCUUCUUCACCAGCGGCAUUGGCUCCGCGGAGGAUGUGAAGCAGGUUUUGCGCGAAGUCCUGCCCGAUGAGAAUAUGCAACUGCAAUUGAGCAGUGAGCAGCAGGGCGAGAACAUCAUCGAUCUCUACUAUUUGCCUGGCUUGGGCUUGCAAUCCCAGAUGAUGCCCAAUUCGGAGGACCCGCUGCUCUCCUCCUCCCCCCGCGAGUUUGGCCAGCAAAGACAGCAGUUGGCUAUGCAAACCACCAACAUGCAACAGCCCAUGGAGCAGUCACUUCAGGACAACAACAAUAUCCACCAGCAGCAGGAGCAGCAGCAACAGAAUCCGCAGCAGCAAGAGCAACACCAGCAGCAGCAAUCACAGCAGGAGCAGCCACCGCAACAGGAACAACAACAGCAGCAGCAGCAGCAUCACCAACAGUUGCUGCUGCCCCAGCAACCACUCAAUCAAACGGAAUCCCUGCCGGCAGUCGGUCAGCAGCAGGGUGAUUUCAUGCUGCCCCUGGUGGGUGGUCAUGGAUUCACCCAAGUUACCAGCCAAACACAAUACAUAGAUAACAGCCAGGGCGGCAUGGGGAUGCAGCCCCUCAACAGCCUGCUGCAACCACUGCUCUAUGGUGGGGCAACCACAUCCAAUGGCAACGCCUCAGGCGGGGGCAAUGAAUCUCUGCUCACCACCGAUUGCCAAAUGAAUGCCAAUCAAGGCCAGAUCGAUACGGGCCUGAUGUUCGCCUGUGGCAACACGACAACCAUGGCCAACAAAUCCCUGGCGGCUCUCGUGCCCAACCCGCCGAGUGUGGCUAAUUUGCAGCCCUUGUCCAACCAAACCAAUUCCAUUCUGAAGCGCCGACUACGCUCCAAUGCGCCCCAGGAGACGCACAAGUUCUCCAAGUUCCACACUCUGUCACCGCAUCGUUCCAAGCUGCGCAAACCAUCGCGAACCCACUAUACGCCCGCACCCAUCCUGAAUCCGGAUCGCAAGGGCACUGGGCUGUACUGCAAUGUGCGCAAGCAACUGGGUCAGGGUCUCUUCGACGCCUUCGACGACGACUUUGGGGACUCGGUGGGCUUGGUGGACUUCUCGGACGAGUCCAAGGUAAACUUGGGAUCCACCUACCAGGCGCAGAUACCCAGCUGUCGGCCGAUGGAGGAGGCAUCGCGGGACGCUCCCGGCGCCGAGAUGAUGUGGAAUCCUGAGGUGCAGGAGGACGAGAAGAUCCUGAUGCGCUACAUUGAUCUCAGCAAGUCGUCGGCCGUGCCCAUGGGCAGUCAUUCCGAGGAGGUGGCGCUCCAAACGCUGCUUCGGGCCAAAGGAAACUCGGCGGCGGCUGUGCUCAGCCUGCUCCAAACGCAGUCCGGCGCCUUCCAGAUGAAGUGGACCGCCUACGAGCUGGAGCAGUUCUUGCGCGGAUUGGAGAAGAAUGGCAAGGACUUUGGCAAGAUCGCCAGUGAGCUGCAAACGAAGUCCUCCGGCGAAUGUGUGCAAAUGUACUACUUCUGGAAGAAGCUGUGCGUGGACUACAAGGUGACGCACUUGAAGAUGGAGCCCGUGGUGGUCAUUGCUCCCGCGGUGGAGAAGCCCUAUGUCUGCGAGAUCGCCGACUGCUCAGCGAGCUUCAGUUCGAAGGCGGCACUGCACGGCCAUGUCCGCAUACACGCUUAUGGUCGCAGUGCCAGCAGCAACACCACCAACAACAGCAGCAGCGGCAACUCCGGCAGCAGCAGCAACAUGCAGCAUGCCGCAGCAAGCAAUGCCAGCUCCGGUGGCAACAACAGCAGCAGCAGUAGCUACGCAUGUGCAACACUAUGUGGCAGCAACAGCAGCAGCAAUAAUGCGACCAGCAAUGCCGCUGCAGCAGCAGCAGCAGCACACAGCAGCACCAUGGCUCAAAACGGCAGCAACUGCAGUGGCCAUGCGAAUGCAGCAAUCGGAACAUCUGCGCUCUCGACCACGCCCAAAUUGGAGGCGGGCAUGGGCAAUACCACUAACAUACCGAUUGCCAAGGAGGGCGAGUUCCCCUGCAAGGUGUGCGGCAACGAAGAGUCACAACUCGCAAAUAGACGUAUCCGUAACUGAUAUCAGCUCCACAAGUCCACACGCACAGCUCGCUGGCAAAAUGCUCGGGUCUUCAAUAAGGUGAAGAGUCGCAGUGCGCACAUGAAGACGCACCGCGUCCAGGAGCCGGAUCAGAAACACCAGCUGCAAAACCAGGCCGGAGCUGGACUGACCACCGUCGCCACAUCAACCAUAACCGCACCAUCGUAGACACCGACGAGCAAUUCCGUGGAGGAAUCAACGACAUGGACAGGGAAACCAUGAGGCGUAUAUAGCAAACAAACAAAAAUCGAUUGACAAUCGCAUUAAGCAAGCGGCAAGCAUUGUUUACCACUGUUAGAAUUUAUGCUUAGACGAAUUUGGGUCUAAAAAUCAAUGUCACGUGUACGUAGUAGUUAAAGGCAUUUCUUCACUAGGUCUAUCUAAAUCUAUAGCUCAAGCCCCUUUCUUCUUCAAUCACUUCUCUAUCUAUCCCCUAAGUAGAAAACACUGCGACUCGCUGUAGGUUAUAAGUCUAGCCAAGGAUUGGUACAAGUUCAAAUUGAAUUGUUAUUGACUAUUGUAGGCAAGUGCAAUAUUUAUGUUGAAGUAACACGAAAUACGAAUAUGUAAAUGUACAUACAUGUACAUGUAUACCUACCGUUUUUUAUAGUAGGCGUUUAUUCUGCUCGACUCGACUGUAGAUGUACUCUAAAUCUAAUCUAAAUCUAAAUCUAAAACUAUACUACAACCAUGGCUAAAGCUGAGGAGAAAUCCCGAUCUAUGAUAAAUACUAGUGCAUAAUUACUGUUAACUACAAGUUUUUCUACUCAAAUACUCGUACAUAGUUGCAACACACUACACUGAUACUUUACUAGUGCUAUAAAUGUGUAGGCCGUAAGAGAAUCUCUAUAUAUACAUACUUGAUAUAAUUGAUAAUUACAUGCCUAGGUGUACGAUGUAUGCGAUAUAUGAUUGUUGUUCUAGUUUUAACGACGCAAGUCAGCAACUCCGAGUAGUUGAAGUUUUACUUAGAUUGUACUUACCUACCUACAGACCUAAACUAUUUAACUAUGGCUUAGAAACCGAAAACCCCAGAGAAAAUCUAGUGAAAUCAAGUGAUAUUGAGUGAGAUCAAAAACGAUUUUAGCUAAACGUGAACAAAAUUCAAUGCACACCAAUGUAAAUGGAAGUUGAGAAAAAGUUUUAACUUUACUUUUAACGACGCAAAGUUGUAGGUUGUAAGACACUGUAAAUACGAGUCUAGCAAAUUAAUCAGAUAAGGAAGGAUAUGUUUCAAAUUUCUCCAAAACGCAUAAAAGACAUUAAUCUAUUUAUAAUUCUAGAUCCCCUCCCCCCCUGACCGACCCCCCUUCCCCGACAAAACAAAAAUGAACACGAACACACAGACAACGAGGGUUUGAACCUUGAACUUCGAACUUCGAACCUCGAAAAAAGAGCCCACACACACAAGAGACACUCACAGUGCAGUUUUAUAUAGGCCUAGGAUAUACAUACAUAGUUAUUAUAUACAAGCAUAUAUUAAAUUAAAUGGUACAACAGUAAAUCUGCCAGCAAUUUGAACAACAACAAGAAUCACACGUUUUCCAUUUGGACAGUGAGCUAAUGUACUACAACAAAUUGAUCAAUUGAUUCAGCGUUUUUGAGGCCGAUGCCGGGUAGUAUGUUAUUGACAAUGGCGUAACUUAAUCUAGUUUAAUGUAAACCGAUGCAUGCAGGGCUAAAUUGAAAACCAAAUGAAAUACUUACGUUUAGUCUAAAUACCUUCCGACCCUUUCCACGUAAUCAACUGACCCGCAGAUCCGGACAAAAACUUGGAAGAUGGGAACUAUUAGCAAUUUUUAUGGUUGUAUUCGCCGGAAAACUACGAAUCAGGAGUUGUAAAUAAAAUACAUGGGAGAUGUACAAAAUACCCCGAUGUGGAGGACUUAUCCAUAUGCUGUUCUAUUUCCUUGGCCUUGUGUUCGCAAUAGCAUUCGUAAUCAUAAAAUAGUCAUAGAUUUAGUUGACGGACAACAUAAUUCUUGCAUAUUUUUCGGUGUUAUAUACAAUAAGCGUAAGCAGAUAUACAUGAAACAAAUACAGCUACAGCAGCCCACCAUAUAUAAAGCACAUUCAGUAACUGUUUGUUGUGGGCCUUCGAUGCCGUUUAAAGACUUUCUCGCGUACAAAUACCAACCCGAACAUCUAUGUAUAUCCCGUUUCCAUCUGUAGUAAACGUGCUUGGUUGCGUGCAUUUUCUCUACACGUCUUCCGUUUUCGUUUCCGUUUCCGCUUCUGUUUCGAUUUCCAUUUCCAUUUCCGUUUCCGCCUGAGUUCGCCCAACCACACUGUUCGAUUCUAUUCUAUGCUCAAAUGCCUUCAAGCGAAUAUAAGUCUUAAGUAUUAUUAAAUAAAGUAUCCACAAAUGAGUGUUUAUCCUUAAGUAAGUGUUCAAAUCUAGGGUUACGUUAGCUUAAGUUGACAUGAGUGUGCACUUUGUUGCUUUUCAAAAAAGUUUCCUAAAGACAAAGAUAAAUGUAGAGAUAGGCAUCUGCUCGAACGUCUAGUCAAAUGACUUAGAUUAAUUAUCACCUAAUUUAUUUAUAUUUUAUUUUAAGUUUCAAUUACUGUGCCAAAAUGUUUAUCGUUUACCAAUUAAAUGAUUUCAACUGUUUCAUUUUUCCACGACCGUCUUGCCUUUUUAUUUUCCUACAACAUCGUAAAUUCCAUAGUAAAGGACAAUCUGUGACAUUGAGUACUACGAGUAUACUACAUUCCUAUACAUUUCGAAGCGAUAAUUUCCGGAAUCAUCUGCGUCAGCGAUUCCUCCUCACUUAGACACUUUAUUCGAAAACUCUGCGUUGUGAUUGUUCAUUAAGCGAAAGUAAAGACAAACUGUAUUUAUGCAAUGCAAAUACGUAUUUUAGAGUAAUCUGUAUAUAAAUAGAUGGCGGCCGACGCGGCUCCAGCUUCCUCAAAAGCCAAACUAAUUCUAGCUCAGACGUCGUCAGAUUCACUCAAAUCAUCAGUAUAUACAACUUGCACUCCAAUUCAAAGACACUAUAUAGUUGCAUGAGUGGUUUACUUAUUCUCAGCAUCUGUUUGCAAUAUUUUGUAAAUCGUACAGAUACACAUACUACCAUUAAUGUCAUAAUGCCGAAUGAGGGAAAACCGAAUAUUAUAAUUAGUGAACGCAACAGAAUUACUUCGAAAUACAAUACAAAACCUUUUGAAAUUGAAAACGAUUGAUAAUAGCUAUUAGACAUAUCAAUUUUAUUUAAAAACGAAUCGAGAGAUACAUUUAAAAAACAAAAAAAAAUAUAUAUAUACAUAUAUAUAUGUAUACAUAGUCCGUACACCUUCGUGUACACCAGUGCAAUAUUGCAUUCCUGUUUAGCGAGUAAGUGGACAUUUUAGGCGUCAUCGUAGUAUUUACAGGAUCUUCUGUUGGGCACCUCUUUCGAAUCUUUGCUUUAAGUGCGAUAUCUCAGAGUAUUUAGACUGACGAGUAAUAAAACGAUACCAAAUUAUGAGAUACUAUUCUGGAUGCAGUGCAUAACCCUUCGUUUCUGUGCCAAACAAGGAUCGAUCGCGAUCUGACUACAGACGCGAUGAACGGCGUGACAAACUUUACCGCUCAGUAUUAUCGAGAUGUCCGGCCUGCGCUCCGGGAAAACUGGGCAUUAGGGUCGGACGGAUCGGCCCUGCUAUGAUUAAGUACCAUAUACAAAGAACUACACAAAUCUACGAUGUAAGUUUUAACUGUAAUAUGCAAAGAGACACUUUUAUAAAGAAGCAAACUGUUACUUUAUGGCAUUUAGUUGAGAUGCUGUAACCUCUUGUUGAUCGUAAAUUGUACGUAGCAUGUAAUACCUAUUUAACUCGCAGACACCUACACACGAAUAUGGCAUUCAAAACAAAACAAAAAAUAUAUAUAUAUAUGUAUUUAUACAGUGCUAAUAUUAAUAUUCUGAUAUGAACGAAUAUUUUAUGGUACAUCUAUAUAUGUACAUAAUAAGAGUAAAUGUAAACUUCAAUGUUUUCAUGGUUGUAAACUGAUGAUCAAAAAUAGAUUUAAUGAAUUUUACAUGCUUUUAUUUAAACGCAGAAUUACUUCGACUAUGCUUUACACUUUUUGGUACCUAAUAAUAUUUAAUAAUAUCGUCACAUAUAAUGGCAUUUCUUUCAACGAAUACCGAAUCCUUCGUUUAACAUCACUCAUUCGUUGUUUUUACCAGACUUACAAUCUCACAAGCGGUGCAAUGGAUAAGCGAAAUAUUUUCUGAACAUCACAUUCUUUGAUAAGAAAUGAUCAAUGUAAGCGAUAUUUGAAAAAGAAAUCAUGAAUAUUCCCUCCAAAUAAUUUUUAAAAAAUUACGUAUUUGCUAAAAGUCAAAUCUCUGAUAACUGUAAUGAAAUACGACAGACGGGAACUCAACUCUCAAAUCUGUCUCGUAUAAUGGAGGAAUACUGUACUUAGCAUGAUGUUACCAGUUACAUUUAACGUAAUUACAAUUACAAUGAUUAUUGUGUAUUGCAUGUGUAUGUGAAGUGUAUGUAAUUACAAGUAAACUCUUUAAAAAUGCAAAAAACAAAUAAAAUCCAAAAACCGAGAAAUGUGGAAAGAGAAACUAUGGCACACAUUUGCCAUUUAAUAGUAGUCAAUUCUUCAAAACAGAAAAAGAAAAAAAUUAGGUUAAGUGUGAAGAUGCAUGUGGGGGAUAUAUGGACACUAUUUUCUAAACGUAUUACAACAAUAAUUUAUGAAUUUGUUGGUAAUUUUAUACAUAUAUAUACACAGUUACUUUUGUUAGCUAGCAAAACGACAACGACAACUUAGGUAGCGCCGAGGUAGAUAAACUUUAUGAAUGUUGUACCCAAAGCCCACGCCCCGGACACCCGCGAGAGCACACUGUACAGGCACGAACCUCAAGGCAGGAUGGGUCAUAGCUCGAGAUUUAGAUACCACGGAUCCAGGAUCCUGAGGCCCGUCCUUGCGCAUCCUACCUAGCUAGUUAGGUCCGCGUCCCUUAUAACACGAUUUCUGCUCAUACUAUACACUCAACACACUCACUGAUUACAAUCUCUGUUGGAUCUGUUGUACUCUGCAAUUUUUGGUGUGAUAUUCUAUUGGUUGUGGCGGUUGCUUUUAAGCCGCUUUACACAUUGUUGCAUUUCUACUAAUCGUAGCUGGCCUAAACUGGGUCACAACAGGACGAAAAAAG